AUGGAGGACAGUAACUUGAAGCGCGCGUUCCAAGCGCUAUGUGGCGACUACGAAGAGCUGCUGGACGAGGCAGUGCACUCUACGAACCCCGCGGACGAGCGGAUCGGUCUGGCGCUGUUCAAGAUCGACGAGGCGUGCGCAGUGGCUGACGAACUGCGACAGGACGUGCAGCAGGUCCAGGAGCAGCUACUGGACGAGCUCCUGAGCAAUUGUAACGAGCUGGAAGACAUUUUCUUGCGCUUGAAUCUGAUUGAGCGCUUUGUAAGUCGAGUGCUGGAAACCACGCGGGAGCUUGAGAAACGCACCGAAAGCGCUAGUCGCAGUGCCGGUAUCUUGCUGAACUCGAGCCCGAGUGUCACGAGCUUAUUGCGGUCGUUUUCGAUCAAGCGUGGUACACCGGACGCACCUCCGGUCGAGAGCAAGUGGAGUCCAGUGGCAUUUGACUUCAACACGACGGAACUCAUGGAGCGACUGGAGAGGAGCGAUGCGCGAGCACUGGGCGUGUCCAUCACGUCUCCUGUGGAUGCAACUACUUCAGGCACAAUUGAACAAGCGUGUGAUGGCGAGGAGACAACCGAGACGUGCGUAGAUUCCGACUAA